UUAUUUCCCGCUGUCAGGAUGAGGAGGCGGAGGUCGGCGCUCCGGUCCGUCUCUGCCCGAGGCUGUGGCGGCGCCGGCGGCUCCAGCCUUAGCGGUUCCUCCCUGGGCGGCGGCGGCCGCGGCUCGGUCGACGCCUCCUCCGCCAGCUGAGCCCGCGGCAUCCCGGGACGCCGCUUCCCCGCCCAUCCCCGUUCCUCGAGGCCGCCCACUGGCCAUGGCGCAGCCGGGCCCGGCUCCCCAGCCUGACGUUUCUCUUCAGCAACGGGUAGCAGAAUUGGAAAAAAUUAAUGCAGAAUUUUUACGUGCACAGCAGCAGCUUGAGCAAGAAUUUAAUCAAAAGAGAGCAAAAUUUAAGGAGCUCUAUUUGGCUAAAGAGGAGGAUCUGAAGAGGCAAAAUGCAGUAUUGCAAGCUGCACAGGAUGAUUUGGGUCACCUUCGGACACAGCUGUGGGAGGCUCAGGCAGAGAUGGAGAACAUUAAGGCAAUUGCCACAGUCUCUGAGAAUACUAAGCAAGAAGCUAUAGAUGAAGUUAAAAGGCAAUGGAGAGAAGAAGUUGCUUCACUUCAGGCUAUAAUGAAAGAGACAGUCCGUGACUAUGAGCAUCAGUUUCACCUGAGGCUGGAGCAGGAGCGAGCACAGUGGGCACAGUAUCGAGAAUCUGCAGAGCGGGAAAUAGCUGACUUAAGAAGAAGGUUGUCUGAAGGUCAAGAGGAAGAAAAUUUAGAAAAUGAAAUGAAAAAGGCCCAAGAGGAUGCUGAAAAGCUUCGUUCUGUCGUGAUGCCCAUGGAGAAGGAAAUUGCAGCUCUGAAAGAUAAACUGACAGAAGCUGAAGACAAGAUUAAAGAGCUGGAGGCCUCAAAGGUUAAGGAGCUGAAUCAUUAUCUGGAGGCCGAGAAGUCUUGCAGGACUGACCUGGAGAUGUAUGUAGCUGUUUUGAACACUCAGAAAUCUGUGCUACAGGAAGAUGCUGAGAAAUUGAGGAAAGAACUGCAUGAAGUUUGCCAUCUCUUGGAGCAAGAACGACAACAACACAACCAGUUAAAGCAUACAUGGCAGAAGGCCAACGACCAGUUUCUGGAAUCUCAGCGUUUGCUGAUGAGAGACAUGCAGAGAAUGGAGAUUGUGUUAACUUCGGAACAGCUCCGACAAGUUGAAGAACUAAAGAAGAAAGAUCAGGAGGAGGAUGAACAACAAAGGGUCAAUAAGAGAAAAGAUAACAAGAAAACAGAUACCGAAGAAGAAGUAAAAAUACCAGUAGUGUGUGCUUUAACUCAAGAAGAAUCUUCAACCCCAUUAUCAAAUGAAGAGGAGCAUUUAGACAGCACCCAUGGGUCAGUCCAUUCCUUGGAUGCAGACUUGCUGUUACCAUCUGGAGAUCCAUUUAGUAAAUCGGACAAUGACAUGUUUAAAGAUGGACUCCGGAGAGCUCAGUCUACAGACAGCUUGGGAACCUCAAGCUCAUUGCAAUCCAAAGCUUUAGGCUAUAACUACAAAGCGAAAUCUGCUGGAAAUUUGGAUGAGUCGGACUUUGGACCACUGGUUGGAGCAGAUUCUGUGUCUGAGAACUUUGAUACUGUGUCCCUUGGGUCACUGCAGAUGCCAAGUGGGUUUAUGUUAACCAAAGAUCAAGAAAGAGCAAUUAAGGCAAUGACACCUGAGCAGGAGGAGACAGCGUCCCUCCUCUCCAGUGUCACCCAGGGUAUGGAGAGUGCAUAUGUAUCUCCCAGUGGUUACCGCUUAGUGAGUGAGACGGAAUGGAAUCUCCUGCAGAAAGAGGUACAUAAUGCUGGAAAUAAGCUUGGUAGACGUUGUGAUAUGUGUUCCAAUUAUGAAAAACAGUUACAAGGAAUUCAGAUUCAGGAAGCUGAAACAAGAGACCAGGUGAAAAAACUGCAGUUAAUGCUCAGGCAAGCUAAUGACCAGCUCGAGAAGACGAUGAAAGAGAAACAGGAGCUGGAGGACUUCCUCAAGCAGAGUGCGGAGGACUCAAGCCACCAGAUAUCUGCACUUGUUUUAAGAGCCCAAGCCUCUGAGGUCUUACUUGAAGAGUUACAACAGAGCUUUUCCCAAGCAAAGAGGGACGUUCAGGAGCAGAUGGCGGUGCUGAUGCAGUCACGUGAACAGGUUUCAGAAGAGCUGGUGAGAUUACAGAAAGACAACGACAGCCUCCAGGGGAAGCACAGCUUGCAUGUGUCAUUACAGCUAGCAGAAGACUUCAUUCUUCCAGACACUGUGGAGGUGCUCCGGGAACUGGUUUUAAAAUAUCGUGAGAACAUUGUUCACGUGCGGACAGCAGCAGACCACAUGGAAGAGAAGCUGAAGGCGGAAAUACUUUUCCUAAAAGAGCAAAUUCAAGCGGAACAGUGUUUAAAAGAAAACCUGGAAGAGACACUACAGCUGGAAAUAGAAAACUGCAAGGAGGAAAUAGCUUCCAUUUCUAGUCUAAAAGCUGAAUUAGAAAGAAUAAAGGUCGAAAAGGGACAGUUGGAAUCUACAUUAAGAGAGAAGUCGCAACAACUUGAGAGUCUCCAAGAAAUAAAACUUAAUUUAGAGGAACAGUUAAAGAAAGAAACUGCUGCUAAGGCUACUGUUGAACAGCUCAUGUUUGAAGAGAAGAACAAAGCUCAGAGGUUGCAGACAGAAUUAGAUGUCAGUGAACAAGUACAGAGGGAUUUUGUAAAACUUUCUCAGACUCUUCAGGUGCAGUUGGAGAGGAUCCGGCAAGCAGACUCCUUGGAGAGGAUCCGGGCUAUUCUGAAUGAUACCAAACUGACAGACAUUAACCAGCUCCCUGAGACAUGACACCCUGAUAGCAGGAUUCUAACCUGCAUUUUGGGUUUUUAACUCAUCUUUAGAAUAACAUUAAUUAUUAUUUAACUCUUAACGGAAGAAGUCACAGCAAAGGAAGACUGAAGAAAUGCAAAUCUGGAGGGAGAAGGCUGCUGUGUGCAGGGAACACUAAUAAGACACUGGACUCGAUCCCAGCAGGUGUGGGAUCAGAUGAGGUUGCUGUCUCCUGCCUGCUUUCUCCAACAUGGAUUCCGGAACAUAUUUCCUGACAUGAAAGCAACUUCCCAAUAGUGUUUGGAAUUACGUUUUCUGUUCAUACAGACUGGGAGAGAGAAGUUUCUUUUUUCAGUUGUCUAGGGCUUCAUCAGUAGCAGUGUUCAGCUAGCAGAGAGGUGUAGUGUGCUAUAUGAGUAUUUUAUAUUAAAAUAUGAAGUGUGAGAGCAGGCCAUUGGCUGUUGAUUGUAUUUCCCUUGCUCAGUGCAUUUUGUUUCCUUUUUACCACUUUAUCUUCUAUUGGAAGACCUUAAAUGCUACUGAAACUUGCCUGAGAACUAUAGGACCAUGGCAAACAAAAGCAAUUAAACAAAAUUAGAAUCUGAAUAUUUGGCUGAGGCCAUAUAUAUAUUGGAAGUUGAAUUUAUGGAAAAAAGCACAAACAACCUUGGAAGCACUUUGCACACCGUGAUGAACUUCCUGGGCCCGAAGGUACCAGGGCAAAUAACUGGCACCAUCUACCCUUUCCAAGUGUUUAGUUACUGGAUCAGUGGUGAAAAUAAUACUAAUAAAACAAGCUAUCUCUGACAUCUAGUACACAUGUAUACAUCUGCUUAUUUUCAGCCUCCCGCAGAGGCAUACUAUUUAUUUUUUUCAGUGUCACAUUUAGAAUGGUGAUGGUUUACAGAUCUUUGUAUUUUUGUUUUACAGUUUAGACCUAAAGUGUAAGCAACUGUGUGUGCUUACAGUGAAGCUGGGAAACUUACUGGUUUAGAAUCUGCUUCACCCUUUUCCGAGAGUUGAGAUUCCUUUGGAACAGGCUGUUGAGCACAGACAGCUUUAUGCAAAUGCAGAAUCAGAAGUGAGCUCAUGUACCGGCUGCAGGCCAGUGGCCACCUAACCAUGCUAACUCGUGCAGUUUCAAAGUAAAAAUGUUUUUAAGUAAUUUUUGUGAGUGGUGUUGGCUUACAGCUGAUACCCAAAGGAACAUUAUGGGAGUGAGUUAACUAGACUUUUCUGGUUUAACUACCAUCAAUUCAUAGCAUAAAUGGACUUUGUUAGUAAUGAGUCAUUAUGAAUUUGCCCUCAAGAUGUUUGUUACUUUCUUUUAAUAAAACAGAUAAGGCCUACUUAUCCCAUAAAUAGGUUACUUUUAUAAUCAUGAAUUUAAAAAGUAUGAAUUAUGGAAACAGUGCUAAAAGCUUGCCAAUGCAUGGAAAAAUUAAUUGGCCUAAAGUCCCCUUGUGUAGUGCUACUUGGUUUAAAAGGAAUAUAAUAUCCUCAUUGAGUUAAAAGGAUUUUUAUUAAUUAUAAUGGGAUUAAAUUAGAUUUAAGACUAGUCCCUGGGCCCCAGGCUAAUUUGUUUGGAUCACCAUUGGCUACAGUGAAUGGAUAAUUCAUAAUCAUACUGAACUGUGUCACUCCCAGUGAACUGUUUUGCUGAAACCAAGUAUCUUACAGAUCUUUUCUCCUGAAGCUGGGGAUUGUGCAGUAAAAGCAUCAUGAUUAGGGUACUGUUUAGAGUCUGUAACUUUGGCAAAUGUAAACUGCUGGGAUCCACUCAAUUGAGAAACAUCCUAGAGGAAGAGAAACUGAAAUGCUAGGUGUAAUGAAAUAAAGUAAUGCUACACCACCAGGGAAGCAGCAGUUCUUUAAGGUUAAGUCAGUUUUCUGCAUAGAGGAGGUUUGGUGUAGGAGGUGACGUCACCAUGAGAGGAAAGGUUGGUCUAGUUUUACACACCUUCCUGUACUGCAUUCAGUCUGUGUAGACCUGUUCUCUUGCAUGUCUGACCUGGCUUAACUCUAAACUGUAACAUACCUUAUUCUGUGGCUUUUAAUUGGCAGUCACUUGGUCAUUUGUAGGCAUAUUUACCUUUCAGAACUUAAGUAGGCAGAUAUGAAAAGAUGACCUAAAGCCAAGGACAAACUGUAUGCAACAGACCACAAUGUUCCUUUUCUUUUAAGGUGCUAGAAUUUGCACCUCCUACCCACCAAGUAGACACAGACAUAGCCAAACUCAGCUCUGGAAGGUAUUGGUGCCUGUGAGGAAAUGAGCCAGCAGAGGACGCUGCAGCUGUAGACCGUCAGCUCUGCUCUGAGCAGACUGCAGGUAUAUCUGUGUUGACUGUACUGAAGGCAUGCCCUUAAGAAAGUGUUCAAAUUAAAAGAGCUGCUGCUGAGUAGAGUGUGUGGCCUUUUCCUUUCCAUCCCAGGGUUCUGGUUCCCUUCAGAGGCAGUUUUGGUACUGCUACUUAAGAUGAAGAUGGACCUGGCAGUGUUCAGCAGGAGCCUGUGUCCAGAAUUAAAACAAACCAACCAACCCAUUGACUUUAAUUAUAAAGCAAAGUCAAAUUUUUGAAUAAAAAUUUAUUCAAAUUUUA